AUUCAGACUGACCUGUUUCAAAAAUGCUAUAAUGGAAAGUGAGGAACUGGAUUCAGAUCUGUUUACGAAUUGGGUUCGAGGCUCAAAAGGACUAGAAUACUUACAAGAAGGUCUUCAAGAAUUUGUUGGAGAAAAGGUACUGCAAUGUCGUGACAAUACCCUUCAAAAGAUAAUAUUGACAUUACCAUCUGGAUCACCACAGCAGUGCAAGCAGUGUACGUCAAAUAAUCUUUCUCCGGAUCAUUUCAACACUACAAAGGCAUGUAACAGACGCACAUGUACCCAAAAGAAUCCGACCAACUGUUUUGGAAGCAGACCUGUCGGGCGUAGGAAAUGCCCUGAUGGCAUUUGUAGUAAAUUCUACGACUCAAUUAUAGACGAGCAUGUAUUUAAAGACCCCUUAUGGAAAAACACUGACCCAAGUAUGUGGUGUUCGGAUCCUAAUGGGUGGAGUUAUGCAAAAUGUUUCCAAACAACUAAAGGUCCAGGGACAUCAGCUAAAGGUACAGAUGCUGCUGGUCUCCUAAGCAUUAUUAUAAACAACACGUCAAUGCAAAACUUUGUGACCAGUAUUAAUCCUCAUAACAAUGCUAGUUCGUUUCAUUUGGCGAGAGAUAUCCGUAAUAAAAUCUUACAUAGCCCAAAGCUUGAAAUAGACGAAACAACUGUGUGUUCUUAUUUGGACGCGUUCAUUGUAGUUCUUCAAGAUCCAAAGUGUCUGAUUAACGAUGAGGCAUCAAAGAAAGCGGUUCAUAAACUAACACAG